AUGCUCCAGCAGGGGCCUCUUGGCGAGGCAGCCGCGGGGGUUCUCGUCACCAGCUUCGACGGCUACCUCCGGCCGUCCAGCGCGCCGAGGAUCUCUGGCGCCGACGUGCACUUCGCCGCGGCCGCGGUGGGCAGGGGAUACCCUCGCGUGACGGUCGCCAUCGCCCCGCUCCACGCCGGCGACGGGGGCGAGCCGCGCCCGCGGCUCAAGAACAACGAUCACGACAUGACGCCGGUCUUCGGGGACCAGGCGAGCCUCAAGGCGGGCCGCAGCUUCGUCGCAGAGCUCCUCGUCAGGCUGCAGUCGCAGCGGCCGCCCCACCAGCCGCUCUUCCCGUUGAAACUGCCCGAGUACGAAAGGCAUUUCAACGGCGCUGUCGACGCCCUCCACCUGAGCCGCCUGGACAUCACGCCCCAGCGCGCCCGCCACGGAGGCCCGUCGGUCGAUGCAGCCAGAGGCCUCCGCAGCAUCGCUGAGAUUCAGAAGCGCGGGACGUGGCGGGCCGCGUCCUCGGUCAGGCGCUACGAGAUGGCAGGCGCUCUGAUGCGGCAGCUCGAGAAGGUGCCGCGGCCUCUGCUGCAGUCCUUCCCAGCGAAGCUGGUGCAGCUCAAGGCCGCUCUGCUUCGCUGA